AGUAAAACGGGAAUGAAGUGAAGUUUUUUUGGGUGUAUUUUGAAGGUGUCUGACGGUUGAGAAAUUUGUGAAAAUUUGUGAAUUGAUUCAAGUGAAAGUGGACUAAAAUGAGUGCUGCAACUGAAUGCAACGGAGGGAAAACAAAUGGAUAUUUCAACGGGAACGGUCAUGCGGAGGACCUGAAAAUUGCCAUUAUCGGGCAGAGCAAUUUCGCUGCCGAAGUUCUGGAAGUUCUGCUGGAACAUCACCACAUCGUGGUAGGAGUCUUUACCAUCGCCGACAAGGGCAGCCGCGAGGACGUCCUUGCCACGACCGCUCGCCAGCUGAACAUUCCGGUAUUUAAAAUCUCGGCAUGGCGUCGCAAGGGUGUCCCCAUCCCGGAGGUUUUGGAAAAAUACAAAUCGGUAGGAGCCAAUCUGAACGUGUUGCCAUUCUGUAGUCAGUUUAUUCCGAUGGAGGUGAUUGAUGGAGCCAAAUUCGGAAGCAUUUGCUAUCAUCCAUCAAUUUUGCCGAGGCAUCGCGGUGCGAGUGCCAUCUCGUGGACCUUGAUCCAGGGAGACGACACGGCAGGCUUUUCGAUCUUCUGGGCCGAUGAUGGACUGGAUACGGGACCGAUUCUGCUGCAGAAGCAGUGUCCGGUUAAUGGAGACGACACACUGGAUACGUUGUACAAAAGGUUCCUGUAUCCGGAGGGAGUCACCGCUAUGGUGGAAGCAGUGGAUAUGAUUGCCGACGGGACUGCACCGAAGAUUCCGCAGACGGACAUUGGCGCAACGUAUGAUCCGGCGUUAUUCAGAGAGGAGAAUCAGUACAUCAAUCUGAGCCAGUCGGCAGAGAAAAUUUUCAAUUUCAUCAGAGGAUUGGAUUCAGUUCCAGGGGCGUUGGCGGUCAUCAUCGAGGAAGACGGAAGUGAGUGUCCCGUGCGCUUGCAUGGGGCAUCUCUUUGUGGUCCAGCCUCGUUGGAUAAUGCAAAUGCGAUCAUGUUCAAGGGAGCUGCUGGUUUGGCUUUCGUUGAUCGGGAAGGAAUCUUCAUCACCGGAACCGAUGGACAGCUGGUCAAGGUGAAGCGUGUGAAAAAAGGAAGCAAGAUGAUUCAGGCGAGUCAGUGGUUUGCCCAAGCGAGUAAGAAAGUGGUACCGUUGGAGUUGAAUGAACGAGAGGUUGAGAUGGAAGGCAUUCUGAAGAACAUUUGGAAGUCUAUUUUGAAGGUAGAGAUCGAGAUGGACACGGACUUUUUUGCUUGUGGAGCUGGUUCAAUGGAUGUAGUUCGCUUGGUAGAAGAAGUCAAGGAUGCAUUGGAGAUUCCUUUGGAGAAUGAGAACCUCUUUAUGGCUCCCAGUUUUAUGGAGUUUUUGAAUGAAAUCAUCAGGCGUACCAGAAAUGGAACAGGCCAGGAAAACUCCGGUCCAGAGUAUGAUUCUGUUAUUCUCAGAGAAAACAAGAAGAUCAUCCCAGUGCCGACGCAAAUGUUUGUCAACGGACGAUUUAUCGACGCAGAAAAUAAAAAGACCCUAGACAAUGUUAACCCGACUACGGAGCAAGUAAUCUGCAAGGUAGCAGCAGCAUCUAAAUCGGAUGUAGAUUAUGCAAUUAGAAGUGCACAUGAUGCUUUCAAAGGUAUUUGGAGUCAAGUUUCUGCUAGAGAACGGGGUCAGUUGAUGUACAAACUUGCUGACCUCAUGGAACAGUACAAGGAGGAACUGGCUACCAUCGAAUCAGUAGACUCGGGAGCAGUUUACACGCUGGCUCUGAAAACUCACGUUGGUAUGUCAAUCGAUGCUUGGCGGUACUACGCGGGUUGGACAGAUAAGAUAGAAGGUUCAACAAUUCCAGUAAAUCCAGCAAAACCAAACAACGUGUUAACUUUCACCAAGCGAGAACCGAUAGGUGUUUGCGGUUUGAUUACGCCGUGGAAUUACCCUCUGAUGAUGCUGUCGUGGAAAAUGGCUGCCUGUAUAGCGGCCGGCAACACUGUAGUCAUCAAACCGGCUCAAGUUUGUCCCUUGACCGCCCUGAAGUUUGCUGAGCUAACCGUUAAAGCUGGAUUCCCUCCGGGAGUGAUCAAUGUAGUUACCGGAGCCGGUUCGAUUACAGGUCAAGCAAUAUCUGAACACCCCUUGGUACGGAAACUCGGGUUCACCGGAUCGACACCUAUCGGGAAGAAGAUCAUGGCUGCCUGUGCCGAAUCUAACAUCAAGAAAUGCUCGAUGGAACUUGGUGGAAAGAGUCCGCUGAUCAUUUUCGCUGAUUGUGACAUGGACAAGGCGGUUCGAUUGGGAAUGUCUUCCGUAUUCUUCAACAAAGGAGAAAACUGCAUAGCCGCUGGACGGUUGUUCGUGGAGGACAAAAUCCAUGACGAAUUUGUUCGCAAGGUUAAGAAAAAUAUCAAAACAAUGACGAUUGGCGAUCCGCUCAAUAGGGGAACCGCUCACGGUCCGCAGAAUCACAAGGCACAUAUGGACAAAUUGAUCGAAUACUGUGAAAUUGGAGUGAAGGAAGGAGCGAAACUAGUCUGCGGAGGUAGCCGGGUGCCAAACAUGAAGGGUUGGUUCUUUGAACCGACCGUCUUCACUGACGUUCAGGACCACAUGUUCAUAGCAAAAGAGGAAUCGUUCGGACCAAUCAUGGUCAUUUCAAAGUUCCACAGCAGUGAUUUCGAUGCGCUCGUUCAGAGGGCGAACACCACGGAGUAUGGACUGGCAAGUGGAGUGUUCACCAAAGACAUCCGCAAAGCUAUGCUCUUCGCUGAUAAGGUCGAAGCUGGAACUGUAUUUGUCAACACGUACAACAAGACGGAUGUAGCAGCUCCUUUCGGAGGAUUCAAACAGAGUGGAUUCGGGAAGGAUUUAGGUCAAGAAGCUCUGAACGAAUACCUCAAAACGAAAUGCGUGACAAUCGAGUAUUGAUCGUAAUCUCAAAAGGCAGGCCUUCACAACAUGGAUGAUCCAGAUUGAACAGCAUGUAUUUUCAAACACGUGUGUAUUUAUUAAAUUAAGACGCUACUAAGUGACAAGAGCUUACAAACUAAAA